CGGAAUCAUACACAAUUUUCAUUUGAUUAACUACGGUAAUUCGUUAUUUAACCGGCUUUCAAUUAAAUAAAGUUUUUGGUUUGUUUUUAAUUGUUUUCUAAUAAAAUAUGAGUGUUUGAAACAAGAUGAGUAUUUUAUCAUAAAUAUUAAACAGUGCCCAAUGUAAUUAAAGCAGGAAAAUUGCUUUUUUGAUAUAAAAUAUUUGGAGAACUGGAUAAAAUGGAAGAGUGGUUGAAAAUAACCCUAUGUGUAAGUUUGUUUGCAAGUUUUCGGGACUUUCGACCAGUGGAUUCAUUUUAUACAUCAUAUUUAACCAGUCCAGCUGUAAAUUUUACUGCUGAGCAAGUAACCGAAGAUAUUUAUCCAAUAAAUUCGUAUGCAACUACAAGUCUUGUAAUUAUAAUGUUUCUUAUCACAGACUUUGUUCUAUAUAAACCAAUUGUGAUGCUGGAUGCUUUAAGUUCAAUCGUGAUGUUUUUAUUAGUUUUGGAACCUGUAACUCUCUUCAAAUCAAAACUAAGUAUGUUAUUUUUGGGUCUAACGUCUGCAUCUGAACUAGCAUACAUGUCAUAUGCGUAUGCAAAAAUUCGUGACCGCAGGAUAUACCAGAAAAUGACUGGAAUCGUUAGAGGCUCAAAUCUUUUGGGAAAGUGUUUAUCUUCCACAUUUGCUCAAAUUGUAGUUUCAUGUUUGCACAUUGAAUAUGGGUUACUCGUGUAUAUUUCAUUAACUGGUUCGAUUGUAGCAUUUGCUGUUACAUUUUUUCUUCCUCCGGUAAAAUCAAGUAUUUAUUUUCAUCCUGAAAUCCCAAAAACKRCGAAUUCUAAAGACAAUUAUAAUACGUUCCAUAAUCAAUAUCAUAAAGACCUUGAACAGUGUUUUGUUGAAAAAUCUCCAAAGCCCGUUCGAGUAGUAUUUAAUCAGCUGUACUCAGAAUUGAAGGAUGCGUACACCAAUCCGUAUCUACUCAAWUACGGCAUAUGGUUUGCCUUYGCCUCCGGAGUCUAUUUCCAGGUGUUGACGUACAACGAUGUUCUUUACUUAGAAUUGAACAAACGUAAUCCGGUCAACAACAAGUUGUAUAACGGCGGAGUUGAUGCUUUGGCUUUCAUAACUGGAUAAGGGAAAUUGAAACCAGAUUCCCAAAUUAAUUUAUGAGCYGACUUAUAUUUUGGGAAA